AUGACUGACACAAACAUCGCAUGUAAACAGCUUGGCUACAAGAGUGCAGUGAGUUACAAGCACUUAGGACGAGGAUCUGGUCGAAUUUGGCUUUCUAAUGUAGAUUGUAAUGGUGAUGAAUCUUCACUAGAUCAGUGCCAUCACCGAGAAUGGGGUGAACAUAACUGCGGGCACAGCCAGGAUGUUGGUAUCGUGUGUAAUACAGGAGCAGCGCCAUUGAGGUUGUUUAGAAAAAGGUCAAUUCAGUCAUCAGUUCAAGGGAUUUUACAGAUUUAUUACAAUGGUACAUGGGGAACAAUAUGUUAUGACAGCUGGGGAUGGACUCACACAAACAUCGCAUGUAAACAGCUUGGCUACGUGAGUGCAGUGAGUUACAAGCACUUAGGACGAGGAUCUGGUCCAAUUUGGCUUGAUAAUGUAGAUUGUAAUGGUGAUGAAUCGACACUAGAUCAGUGCCAACACCGAGGAUGGGGUGUUCAUAACUGCUGGCACGGUGAGGAUGUUGGUAUUGUGUGUAAUACAGGAGCAGCGCCAUUGAGGUUGUUURAAARAAARUCAACUCCKUCAACAGUUCAAGGKAUUUUACAGAUUUCUCACGAACAUCAAUGGGGAACAAUAUGUAAUAACUCCUGGGGCAUGAAUGAAACAAACAUAGCAUGUAAACAACUUGGAUUUAAAGAUGCAGACAGUUUCAAGUACUUAGGACGAGGAUCUGGUCCAAUUUGGCUUGAUGAUCUUAAAUGUAAUGGUGCUGAAUGGUCGCUAGAUAAGUGCCAACACCGAGGAUGGGGUGUUCAUAGCUGCAGUCACAGUGAGGAUGUUGGUAUAGUGUGUAAUUCCGUGCAAGGUAUUUUACAGAUUUAUUACAAUGGUACAUGGGGAACAAUAUGUGAUGACAUCUGGGACAUGACUGACACAGACAUCGCCUGUAAACAGCUUGGCUACGUGAGUGCAGUGAGUUACAAGCACUUAGGACGAGGAUCUGGUCGAAUUUGGCUUGUAAAUUGUAAUGGUGAUGAAUCGACACUAGAUCAGUGUCAACACCGAGGAUGGGGUGAACAUAACUGCGGGCACAGUGAGGAUGUUGGUAUCGUGUGUAAUACAGGAGCAGCGCCAUUGAGGUUGUUUAAAAAAAAAUCAACUCCGUCAACAGUUCAAGGGAUUUUACAGAUUUCUCACGAACAUCAAUGGGGAACAAUAUGUAAUAACUCCUGGGGCAUGAAUGAAACAAACAUCGCAUGUAAACAACUUGGAUUUAAAGGUGCACAUAGCUUCAAGAGCUUAGGACAAGUCUCUGGUCCAAUUUGGCUUGAUAAUGUAAAUUGUAAUGGUGGUGAAUCAUCUCUAGAUCAGUGCAAACACCGAGGAUGGGGUGUUCAUAACUGCAGUCACAGCCAGGAUGUUGGCAUCGUGUGUAAUUCCGUGCCGUCAUUAUUGAGGUUGCUCCAUAAAACAUCUUCUCCGUCAUUAGUUCAAGGUAUUUUACAGAUUUAUCAGAAUGGUACAUGGGGAACGAUAUGUAGUCACUGGUGGUAUGACAGUAACACAAACAUCGCCUGUAAACAGCUUGGCUACGAGAGUGCAGUUUCGUUUAGGCACUUAGGACGAGGACCUGAUCCAAUUUGGCUUUCUAAUGUAUACUGUGAUGGUGAUGAAUCUUCACUAGAUAAGUGCCGACACGGAGGAUGGGGUAAACCUAGCUGCAGUCACAAUAGGGAUGUUGGUAUCGUGUGUUAUACAGGUCCUCCUGUCAAAGUUCGACUGAUUGGUGAUGUGCCUAAUGCUGGUCGAGUACAAUUGUUGUACAAAGGUGUCUGGAAAUACAUGUGUGACUUAAAUAGGUAUUCUGCCCAAGUCAUUUGCCGAAUGGCUGGUUAUUCUUAUGGUACACAUAUACCCUUUCGUCGCUACGAGGGAUCUGGCGAUGUAUGGCUCUCCGGAAGCUAUGCGUGUACUGGCUUUGAAUCCUCUAUUGAAUCAUGUCGGAACCUUAACUGGGGAAAAGCGACUUGUUCAGAUAACAACGUAGCUGGUGUUGUUUGUAAAUCAGGAUCACCGAAUGUCGCAUAUCGACUUGCGGAUGGAUCAGUACCUCAUGCAGGAAGACUGGAAAUGCACUAUUAUGGGUUAUGGAGACCAGUUUACCUUGUUUAUGGUCGGCGAUCAGACCACGAUGUACUUUGUCGUAUGAUGGGUUACAAUCAAGCUAUUAUUGCCUUCAGAAACGUCCAAGAAAAAAGAUACAGCUACGAUCUAAGAAUGAACUGUAGGGGUUUUGAAAAUACAACAAAACAGUGUGAACGAACCUCUUUCAAUUCAAAUGUGAGUCAUGAAACUAAAGAAACUACCUGGAUAGUUUGUAAACCACAUGCAGAUACUAUGACAUUACAGAUACGACUUGAAAAGGGUUUCGCACCCCAUUCUGGUCGAGUUGGUGUUCGCUAUGGUAAUUCAUGGAGUACUUUAUGUUACGAGGGAUUGGACUACCCUGAUGUAAAGGUGAUAUGUCGAAUGCUUGGAUAUGUGGAUGUCAAUCAUGUUUACGCUGUGAGGACACCAAGCUCUGCUAAUGGUCGUGUCUGGCUUAGUGGUGUUGAGUGUAAUGGAACUGAAGCUUCAAUACUGAAUUGCAGUCGCACAGGAUGGUGGCAGACCACGUGUGACUUUGAUGCUGUGAUCACGUGCAAGACACAAGGUAAAACAGCGGUUGGCAUCCGUCUGGAAACCGGUACCACACCUCAUUCUGGUCGAGUUGGUAUUCGCUAUGGUAACACAUGGGGUACUUUAUGUAACAAAGGACUGGGUACGAACGAUGCUAAAGUCAUCUGCCGCAUGCUUGGUUAUGUUGGAGUGCGUCACGUGUUCACCAUUCCUGGAAAUGGUAAUAUUUGGCUCAGUGACCUUGAAUGCAAUGGAACAGAGGAUUCAAUUUUUGACUGUAGUCAUUCAGAUUGGUGGAAGACAAGCAAUUGCACCCAUGACCAGGACGCUGCCGUAACGUGCAAGUUAGUGGAAAAAGGUCGAGAAACACCAUCGCCUACAACUUCUUGUACCAAUACUUCCGUGGAGACAUGUUCUACCAUCACCAGAACAGUGUUUAAUGAUUCUUACAUCGCUGCAGACUUGUCACCCAGUCCAAAUGAUGUUAGUUUUACCGUUGGCGAUGGUCUCUAUUACCAUGGUUACCAUAACGUACCAUUAGAACCCGGAUGUGUGUACAGGGUACACGUGAGAAUUGCUACCAUGGCAAUGAAUGGGAAAAAUAUUGUUGGAAGUCCAAAUUUGCGAGGUUUGCAACAAGACCAAAAACCGAUCCACCCGUAUUUCAAAUAUGUAACAGCAGUUCCAUAA